AUGCUCCACAACUCCGACCCCCCUGCUGCAGGGGAGCUUAGCCUGCUCUCAGAUACUUCUACAGCACAUGUGAUUAUACCUGAUCAUCUUUGUUGCUGUGUGGUUGUUGCAUGGCUGCAGGUGCACGACGGCAGCUUGACCAUCUUGGGGAUCACACGCGAGGACAGAGGAGCGUACACCUGCAGGGCCUACAGCGACCAGGGGGAGGUGCUGCACACCACGCGCCUGCUCGUCCAAGGCCCACCGUAUAUUGUGACACCACCAGAAAACAUCACUGUAAACAUAUCCCAGAAUGCACUCUUCACCUGCCAAGCCGAGGCGUAUCCUGGCAACCUAACCUACACAUGGUUUUGGGAAGAGGAUAACGUCUACUUCAAGAAUGACCUGAAGCUCCGGGUACGCAUCCUCAUUGACGGCACGCUCAUCAUCUUCCGGGUGAAGCCGGAGGAUGCUGGGAAAUACACCUGCAGCCCGAGCAACAGUCUGGGAGUCUCGCCAUCCGCCUCGGCACACCUGACUGUUCAGUACCCCGCCCGGGUGAUCAACAUGCCCGCCAUCAUCUACGUUCCUCGGAAACUGCCUGGGGUCAUCCGCUGCCCUGUGGAUGCCAACCCGCCCGUGAUGUUAGUGAAGUGGGAGAAAGAUGGCUACCCGCUCAGAGUGGAGAAGUACCCCGGGUGGAGCCAGGCGGCAGACGGAAGCAUCCGGGUGGCGGAGGCCACAGAAGACUCCCUGGGCACCUACACCUGCGUGCCUUACAACGCCCUUGGUACCAUGGGACAGUCCCCCCCUGCCACUCUGGUGCUAAAGGAUCCCCCUUACUUUAACGUGAGGCCUGGGGGGGAGUACCGUCAGGAAGCUGGAAGAGAGCUGGUCAUCCCCUGUGCUGCCUCUGGUGACCCUGAGAUUCCUACCAUCUCCUGGAGGAAGGUGGGAAAGCCCAGCAAGAGCAAGCACAACAUUCUACCCAGCGGCAGCUUACAGUUUCUGUCCCUCAGCAAGGAGGACCACGGGGAGUGGGAGUGUGUGGCCACCAACGUGGUGACGAGCAUCACUGCCAGCACACGGCUCCUCGUCAUCGGCACCAGCCCGCAUGCUCCGGGCAAUAUCCGUGUGCUGCCCUCCACAACCUCAGCCAAUGUUUCCUGGGAGCCGGGUUACGACGGGGGCUAUGAGCAGACGUUCUCGGUGUGGUAUGGUCCAGUGCUGAAGAGGGUGGACUUUGGGCCUCAUAACUGGCACUCCAUGCCAGUGUCCGGUGCUCAGAUGUGGCUGGUGGUGCCAGGCCUGGAGCCCAGGACAGAGUACCAGUUCAGCGUGCUGGCACAGAACAAGCUGGGCACGGGGCCCUUCAGUGAGGUGGUGACAGUCAACACUGCAGUGUCUCCCAUGAGUACUCCAGAACCACAGGUGCUUCUUACGCCACCACGGUGCCUCACAGCCAAUCGCACGCAACACGGCGUCCUGCUCACCUGGCUCCCUCCAGCCAAUCACUCGUCACCCGUUGAUCGCUACAUCAUGGAGUUCCGUCUUGGGGAAAGAUGGGAGGUUCUGGACGACUUGAUCCCUGCCACAGAGACUGAGCUGAUCGCCCGGGACCUCGUACAGGAGUCGUGGUAUGAGUUCAAAGUGAUGGCGGUCAUGGAUGACCUCAUCAGUGAGAGCAGUAACGUGGUUGGGGUGUCCAGCACGGACCCCUUCCCACCCGCAGAGGUGGCUGAUGAGGGGCUGGCGAGGCCGGUGGUGGCGGGCGUCGUGGCGACCAUCUGCUUCCUGGCGGCGGCGGUCCUGUUCAGUACUCUGGCGGCCUGCUUCGUCAACAAGCAGCACAGACGCAAGCUCAAACGCAAACCAGACCCUCCCCUGUCUGUGACACACUUCAGGAAAAGCAUUGAAUCACCGCCUCCUCUUACCCCCUUGCCUGGGGUAGAGCCCUGCUGGGACGAGCCAGCCAGGAGCAGCUACAUGCCCCCUCCUGCCAGCCCCCUGCUGUCCUCGGGGAAGAUCAGUCCAGAGAGUUCUCCUCCAUCGCGGCCCAGGUCUCUGUCGUCCGAGGAGGCCCAUGGUCCAGGCCUGUAUGUCCGGCGGCUGUCCAGCCCCCAGAGAGAGAGGGGCCAGGAGCUUUCCUUCUACAAGAAAACCAAGCGUGCCAUAACCAGUAAGAAGUACAGUGUGUCCAAACACGAGGCGGAGGUGACCACGCCCAUCGAGCUGAUCAGUCGCGGGCCGGACGGACGCUUCGUCAUGGAGAUUAGCCCCCCGCCCCGACGCAUCCAGGGCUUUCCGUUCGCCGAGGAGUCCGACAUGUACCCUGAGUUCCGGCAGUCCGACGAGGAGAAUGAUUUUGACCCCGGGCCCCUGCCCCCGAUCAUGCCCACGCUCCGGCCCCAGCUCUCCCCAACGUCCUCCAGCCUGGAGUCCACGCAGCCCCCCACCUACAGCCCCCGCCUCCACAGGGCCAUGGAAGGUAUGAGCUUUGUGGAGGGCAGUGGGCUUCAUGCCUCAGGGCAGGCCCCCACCUCCCGCUAUCGGGGUUUCCCCCAGGGCCCCUUCUAUGGGUAUCUAGGCAGCCGCGGGGAAUCGGGGAUCCCCCCACCUUUCUACAUGCCCGACAUGAGCCCACGUAGCUCCGCUCUGUCCUCCCCACCGGGCACGGGCGAGGGGCCCUUCGGUUACCCCUCCAUCCCGGAGGAGAGCGGGGAGAUGGAGCACCAUCAGUACACAGCCUCCGGCCAUUCUCUCCCGCACUCACACAGCCCCCCACCUCGCUCGCCCGAGAGCUGGCAGCCUCACGAGUUCCCCUUCCUGGGUCUGGAAGGGACCCGUUUCAUUUACCCACCUCACCACCCUUUACAUCAUCAGCAGGACCUCCCUGAUCCUCCCCCCUACCCUCCUCACUUCCUCCCUCCGAGUCGCCUGCACCUCCCACCCCUGAAGGAUCCGAUCAGCCCUCGGCUCCUGCAGCUGGAGGUCCCUAUGGCUCCACCAGGCAGAGAACGGCCCCUGGGGCCUCCAGCUAGGCGCUUAGCUAUGCAACAGGCCCAGAGUCUCGGCCAGCUCAGACACACGACCCAUGGUAUGGGCGUACCAGUGUUGCCUUACCCUGACCCGGCAGUCCGUGCAGGGAGCCCUAGCACAGCGCCCAGCAGCAGUCCACAGUCCUGGCUCAGCCCGCGGGCACGACGUCGGGCAGACCCCGGCCUCCCCCCGCUGGUCCUCCAGCCCUCCCGUCUCUCCCCUCUUUCCCAGAGUCCCCUCAGUACCCAGCCAGGCUCUCCAGAUAUCCUAGUCCGGCCCCCUCCCCACCCCAGCAUCCUGCGCACCUCCCGCUCCCUGGAGAUGCCAGAGAUCGCCCUGCACCCCUCCGCCACCGCCAGCUUCUCCAGGAGGUCCUCCCUGGCCACCUCCCCCACCCACGGCCAGGGCAGCAGACGGCCCAGCCCCAGUUAUCACCCUCACAUGUCCUAUGCCUCCACUGCAGCCAGUUACCCCUCCCAGUCCCCAUCUCCUCCCCUGGAGGGCAGGGACGUGUUCGGGCAGAGGCCGUCCCAGAGAAGGACAGAGGAGGAGAUGCUGCCCUCAGAGCCCUCCCAGCUCCAGAUAUCCGCCUCAGGGGAACAUCUAGGUGCGUCUAGCGACGCUGCCGGGUCUGAGAGCUUACAAGCACUGCUACAACAAUGUAUUACAAAAGCCAAGAGAGUGGCAGCAAACACCAAUAACAACUCCACCUCCAAGAGAAGAACAGGUGCGUCUCCCUCUCAGACCCGACAGCCAUCCCAGACCGCUCCGGCCGGAGAAGAUCUCUACCUCCACAGGAAACGGAAAAGGCAGAGCAAGAGGAACCCGUAUGUCUAUCUGACCUGCCUGCUGAGACGCAGGCGCCCCGACGACGACCAGACGGGCAUCCUGGCCAGCACAGACUCCGAGGGGCACAACUACGGAAGCCUACGCUGACCAGUAAGGCCAUCGCUGUCACUAUCAGGCCAAGCCAUGUGACUCCACCCAAACCUAAUUCCUGUCUAACACUAAUAACACAAGUGGUAAUCUCCUUCCAGUACUGGACAGCAAGGGAGCGGGCUCUUUUAUAGUCAUUUGAAAGAACAAAAGUAGUCAUUUUUCUUAGGGAUCAUCAUCAUCGCCUGGCUUUAAGGAGUCACCAGGACAAACAAAACAUUGCUCUGAGAACAUACUGUACAUAAUUUAGUAAAGGGAGUCGGUGAAACCCUCCUUGCGGUAAAAACGUGUUUGCUGGAUUAAGUCACAACACCGUGUUAGGUCUCACUCACUGGUCGCUGAGGUGUUAGUCCUUUGAGGUGUUUCAGUUACACAGUGUACUGUUAUCUGGUUUGUCCUGGCACAGGGACGCCUGUCUACCUUUCCAACAAUUCAAAUAGUGUCAGUAUCUACAGGGUUGUAAUCACCAAAUAUACCUCAGUAAACACAAAGUUGCUGUAAAGCUUGUGAUACACUACGUCUGAAAUCUUCUUUCAAGUGAAGUGGUGUAUGCGGGGGGGGAGAGGAUGGAUCACAUUACUCAAUUCACACAUUAAAUAAAUGAAAUGACCUGAGUAUGGUCAAAAGUAAUUUAAUAUUGGUCCUAAUCUUGUUAUUUUUAUUCAUGUUGAUAUUAUCCAAUGCAAAGCAUAGAAUAAUAUUCAUAUAAUGCAAACCAUAAAAAGGCACUGAACGUUUCUGCAUGAUUUGCAGAUUGUGUUGGAACUGGUCAUCACGUAAUGUUGAGAUGAGAUUGUGGCCAUUUUAUUAAGACAUGGUCUCAAUGGUCCACUACUUGGAGGGUUUUAACAGGGUGAUGAAUUGAGAUUUGUAUUGCAGUGUUUUACAUGAAUAUAAAGGAAAACUGGAGUUGUGAAAUGCAGCACAUCUCUUGAUGCCUUGUUUGCCUUUUCUGUCUUGUUUUGGAAAACUUUUUCUGAAUUAACUGCCUUUUCCUUCGCCUUCUCACUAUGUCUAUGUGGCAAGUUAGAAGUUCCAAUAUGUCCUGUGUGCGCAGUUAAUACUCUCUGCCAAGGACAACUGAGAGGAAAUGGACCUGAAGGCGUGCUACUCAUCUUGAUUUAAAAUAUAUAUAUAUAUCUCUUGAAUGGAUUCCUGCGUUGACUGUGUAUAUUCCAGUAAUAGAACAGAAAUAUGAUAACAAUUAGUGAUGAUAAUGUUGUUCUUUCCAGGUUUCACAAUGUAAUGUUGAAACAUAGAUUUGAUAACUCAAGUAAAUCGGUAUGUACUGUACUGUAUAGUGUCAAUCGAAAAGUACUCAAGUACUGUAGUUAUCAUGCAGAAAUGUGAAACUUGCCACUGAUGUUAAUAUAUUAAAAAAAGAACGUGUAUAUUGAAAAAUGAGUGAAACAUUUUGAGAACUGGAGGUUGUUUCUGUUACUUUAUUACAAGGUGGCCAUCUAGACUGUUUAUCUCUCCAACAACUGUAUAUUACCUGCUUGCUAUAUCUCUGUUUGUUUCUUGGUUUUAACACUAACCGAUAAUGAAUGUAUGUUUUGCUGUACAGGAAAGAAUGUCCUGAUGUUGAUGUCAUAGUACAUUAACUGAACUGACCCAUGCUGUGCAGUGCAGUUGUCAUUGGUUAGCUGGCUACUUGGACAAUACACCAAUUAUUUUCUUAUUUUUUUACCAUUUUCUUGUGGUGUGAAUCUCUAAGCUUUUUUUUUAUUUUGCUCAGUUUAGUUUUCAUGAUACUAUUGGCUAUUUCCACUACUGUGGUUACCACAAUAAUUAAUGUUAGACUAGACCUUUGAUUAAGAGAGCUUUUCACAUACACUGACAGAAGUACUUUGAAACCAAUCCAGGUGAUUGAACGGGACAGGAUCAUCCACAACAUGCUCAUUUGAAAUUUGAAUAGCAAGUUUAUUUAUUAGAAAUUGAGACUUUUUGGAUAUCUAUCCCUAACACGAAAUAGCCCACAUUGCGUUCAUGAGUUUCUCUUCCCAUUUACAUUCUUGUCUGUUUUAAAAUCUAGUAAAGUAGUAAAUAUUGACUGGAAGUUGUUUGAAAGGAAUACAUCAAAGUGAUAAAUUCUACUGUAUGAAUUAAUUACAUGUAAGAUAGGGGGAAUAAUCUAUAUUUAUAAUGUACAUGGUGUGUAUUGUAUUUGUAAAGAUGAAACAAACCAUGUUUUACAGGGUGGUGUGCAUAAAUGAUGCACAACAAAGACAGAAUAGGAAAUUAAUUCAAAUUAUAUAAAUCUAUUUGCGUCAUGGCUUUAAGUGAACAAUAUUUAUAAAAUAUUUUUUACGGUGCCUCAUUUGUCAUAUUUUAGCAGACAUUAUUUUACACUAAAAGAAAACGUAAUGUUAGCACAGUAAAAUGUAUUAUUGCCAUCUGGCCUGUUGCACAAGUAGUACAGUAUUUCCUCCCAUGUGUGUAAAUGUGAAUGCUAAUCUGAAAGGCUAUAGAAGCAUAUAAAGUAUGUGUGGCCCCCAAAACUUUUUUUGAAACAAAGAACUUUAAACUCCCCCUCACGAGCACAUAGAUUCACUCAUCAUCACUUGCAGAUGUCCAAAGUGAAUGAGAUGGAAAAAAAACGACGUUUCUCUUGAAGCCACAAACAAUGUUAUAGAGUGUGUGCUGCAACAGGAGUUGUGUUUA